AUGUCCCAACCCAAAAUCAUCAUAAUCGGCGCCGGAACCGCAGGUCUCGUUCUCGGCCGCUGCCUCCACCAUCGCGGUAUCCCAGCGAUCCUCCUCGAGAAGGCCAAAAACUCACCUCAUCGCAACAACUAUGGCAUCACUCUACACGCUCAAACAUACCGACCAUUGCUCAAAGUCCUCGGCCUAGACGAAACGAACUUCCGACGAAAAGUCGCGGUUGACUCUCCGGUUGGUGGGACCGGGAGGAUCUCGAGGCACGAUUCGGGAGAGGGAGAUUUUCGUGCGAAUCGAGGUCGGUUUGAGGGGUUGCUUGCUGAAGGGCUGGAUGUGAGGUGGGAGAGCGAGGUGGAGGAUGUCAAAUUUGGAGGCCCAGAGGGAGUGACGGUUGGACUGAAGGGUGGGGAGAAGCAGACUUCCAAAAUUGUUGUGGGAGCCGAUGGACCGCAUUCGAGAGUCAGAGAGGCGGUGGUGAAAGGUGUGGAAUUGAAGAUUCUGCCGUUUGCGACGUAUAAUGGCAAGCGAAGAAUAAGUCCAGAAGAAUUCGAGAAGACGUUUGCCGCGGCGAUGGGAGACGGAAAUACGCUUGAGCAAAGGGUUGGAGAUGCUCUGCUUCAGAUUUCGAUCAGUGAUCGGGAUGAGAAGGAGGUCAGUUUGAGCUACACGUAUUCACGGCCUCCGAGAUCGAACAAGGGCGAUGACAAACUCUAUCGCCCCGAACGACCGAAGACUGGUGCGCGGGAAUUGCCAGAGGAACUGUUUGUUGAGCUUGAGGGUUUGGCUGGGAAGCUGGAGGAGCCAUUUCGAUCGAUCUUCGACGCCGAUGCAGUGCGAAAGGACAGGCUCUUGAACUGGCUCAUGCGAUCACUACAUCUGGAUGUUGGACAACUUCGCGAAGCGGCAAAGGGCGGCGUAGUGCUCCUGGGAGAUGCGGUACAUGCUGAGCCCAUAUUGGGCGGAGAAGGUGCCAAUGUAGCAAUUGAGGAUGGUAUGAGGCUGGCUGCACUGAUCGCAGAAGAUCGAGAAACAAGUCUUGAAAAGAUUUACGAUGCUCGGGGAAGAAUUUGGGACAAGAGUGUUGGUGAAAGCGAAGCCAGAAUUGCCGAGAUGCAUGGAACUGUAAAGUCCAGCCUGUAA